AUGCCGCUCUUCUCUCGCUUUAAGAGCAAGGGAGCACAUGCGAGUUCGAAAACCAAUGCGAACGGCACAGAUGGCGUCGAUGCGACCCCGCGCAAACCGACAUGGCAGGCACGAUGGGAAAGCAAGGUCAUCGUGCCAGAUGAAGUCGAGGAGCUGGUUCACACAUGCACGGCAGAGAUGAAGUCUCGGGCGGAGGCCUUGGAUGCGCCUUUCCUCCUACUGCCUUUCCGUCCAAACUCCGACCCUCUAGGAGCUCGAACAUUCAUUCGCAACUACUACAAGGGCAAUGCCGAAGGGUCCUCACAAUACCGAGGCGACGCCCUCAAGCAAGAGUUGCGGCUGACUGAUUCCGAAGUACUCUGCAGUAUCAUGAAGUGGUGCUGGAGUCGCAUGCCCAAUGGCGUGGUUACUUGGCCAGUGUACGAGGGGUUCAAGAUUGGCGAGAGGGAAGCCAACAUGGCCCGCAAUGCCUUCAACACAUUCAUCCCAAUCGGUGUUGACUCGGACGCCCGCCGAAGCAUCGUGUUCGAUUUCUUCGACCUUUUAGCUGCGGUGGCUGCGCAUGGCAAGCUGAACGGCCUGGGUGGACGGAAACUUUCCCGGCUAGCGGGUUGGUGGGCAUUCGAGCAUUCGGACGAUGGCAAGGGCUUUGAGGGAGGGUACAAAUCCUGGACCGCGGCCGCCGAUGCUUCAAGUCAUCUGUUCUUCGCCUACCUCCGAUCUCUAUCACCAGACACCGCUCCAUCCAUGAACGUUAUUGAGCGGAUUCCCCGCUCGUUGCAAGCUCUUGUUGCUUCGACUGAGUACCCUCCGGAGAGACCGACGUUACUUCAGCGAUCUACUGCGAGGAUGGUGAUGUUGGUUGAUAACGUCUCUCCAACGCCUUUCGCUCUCAUCCGAAGAGCGCAAAACUUCGAAUACCGAGACCGUGACGAAGUUCUGCGCGAAUUCUCCGAAUUCGAAGAUCCGGUUGACGCUUUGACUGAGGAGUGUAGACGUGUGCUCCAUGCGAUAUCCACGGCCAAUCAGUCAAUGGCCACGGCCUCAAGACAGGGUCUGCCGGGCCUCGCCAAACCAGAUGAGACCUGGUCGUCCUUCCAGAACCUCGGAUUUGGCGACAUCGAUGAGAAGGCGCUGUCAAACCAGGGCGUAAACGGGUCCACGACUACGGUUGGACAAGGCCUGCGUUCGACACCUCAAUCGAGAGGCAUUGAUGCAGGGCGCCCAACAACCCCUUCGUGGGCUGACUUUCUCUCCUCUGGCUUCGCAGAUGACGGCACAUCUAAAUCGCCUGCUUUACUCUACCCACCACCGCAGGUUCUGCCGCCUUUCGGGAGCCGAUCGAAUUUGCCUACACACAUGGACGGUAUCGACGAAAACUUGACACCAGGAGAKCUUGCAGCCAUCACGACCGUUGAACUCGAUGAUGCAUUUUGGUGGGUAUGGAUGAUCAGUUUGGCCGGGGAAGAGCCAUCUGAGCGCAAGUCUGUGUUCGGGCGCUGUGCGCUAWUUGAGACUACCAUCUUGAACGGCCGCUGGCUGAUCAUGGAGGAGCAAGUCAAGGGAGCGUCUCCGGAUCCUGCUGAAGGAGCCAUGAUCCCACCCAAGCAGAAUCUCUUCAGCAGUUUCACCAAACGCGGUAGGCUCGGCCGCAAGCGGUCCACAAGCAAGGCCUCUGAGUCCACUGCGCCACGCACACUGUCCGCAACGCCGAGCAAAACCAGUAUCUCAACAGACAAGCAUGCAAAGAUCAAGGCUGCGGCACGUGCAUUGAACAAUGGGGACUCACCUAAAUCUGACUUUUCGCGUCGCGGCAGACAGGAUGAUGCACACGCCAAAACCAACAGUGUUCUCACCAUAGGCCUACAGGGUGAAGCCGGGCCUGCAAUGCAGUGGGCAAAGGCUUAUGACAAGCACGCAAUUCGUUCGCAGUACCUGGGAGACUCGUCAGCCGGCAAGGGCAUGUCUCGUGAAACUCUGGUCAGACAGCCUUCGUCAAACACCAUCAACGCUGAUAGUCGCAGUAUCGCUCCGGUUGUCUCAACUUCUAGCCCAGUUGCGACAACCACUCACACUGCAGCGGAAGAUGGCGAAAAUCCUCCUGUGGCMGCCAAAGACCUCCAGCCUGCCAAGGACGAUAUCGCUCCGUCCGUCGAUGAGGCUGUCGUUAUGCCUGCGACUGCUGAUUCGUCGCAUACCGCGUCUACGCAGCCUGCUGUCCAGAGCGCUUUCGACAAGGAGACUGGUGCGGCACCAGUCUCUCCGACUCUGAGCAAAGUGGAGAGAAAGCCAGUGCCUCGCACAGACAACCAUCCAGCAUUCCGUGCGCAGGAUUCGAGAGAGUCUCCUGCUACCCCAACGAAGAAUCCAGCUUUCCUGGCCGCCCAAAAAGCUUUGCAGUCAAAAGCGUCACCCACUGCCAGCAUUGAAUCUAGCAGAGAAACCUCCAACGUCAAGAAAAUCGCGGGUAAUAACGCUGGAUUCCGCAAGUUCUUCGGUAAGAAGAAGGAGUCUAACGGACACGGAGACUCACUGGAUCUUCAACGGCCCGCUACCAAUGAACGUGUGCCACAUGCUGAACAAGGCCAACCGGGCAUCGGAAGGCGCUUUUCCCAAAUGCGCAAGAAGAACGGUCCUCCGGCGGCAGCACCAAAAGCCAGCAGUUCUGCUGCCAUCGCUGCCGCGAGGGCCGCGGCCCAGGAGCCCGUGAUGAAUGCUUCUGCUGCCCAUCCCGGUUAUGCAGCAACAGACAUAUCGCGUACCAGCAGCCGUGAGCACGCAGAGGCCGAGCGCGAAUUCUCUCGCUUCGACCAGGGCCCUAUGGCCGACAUGCCUUCCGCAGCUCCUGCGGACUUCUCAAGUUCGGCACAGGGCGAGUUCAAUACCAGUACUGCUGAGCGCAUGGCCCCAACGCCCGAGCCGGUUGCAGAUCAUGACCAUUUCAUUGCGCCACCCGAGUUCGCUCCUACGCCACGCGGUUCUCCCAUGAUUGACCAGCGGAGCAUUUCGGACAUGACCGUCGAGGAGCACGAAGACCGUGAUGCUGAGGACCGUAACAACGUGAAAGAUCGCUGGGCAGCAAUACGUGAAAACGCUCACAAGCGAGCUGCCCGCGAUAGUGAGGACCACGACWCACAAAGCAGGUUGAGUCAAAGUCAGCGGACGGACGAUGGUGAAACGAGCGGCGAGGAGACUAUCGAGUCUCGUGUCGCCCGCAUCAAGGCUCGCGUGGCCGAGCUUACAGGCAACAUGGAGCAUGCCGCACGCUGA